AUUUAUCUUCAGCGCAUUAAGAAGCCUCCAUUAGACUGGGGGAGGUGCUUUUUUUUCUAAAAGCCUACGUGUCUUGAUUUUUCUGUUUUUCUCUCUCUCUCUCUCUUCUUGCUGUCUAUCUGUGUGAGAACAGAGGAAAUAUUAGCACCGGAGCUAUAAGCUGGUCAUGAGCUGCUUCACUGUUUUGUGCCGCUGCAUUUGCCUCUUCUUGCUUCAUCUGCGUGCUAUUGUCUGAGAUUUUCUUCUGUGUUGCUGCUGCUGUUGCUGUAGAGAUCUCUCUCUCUCACACAUGCACAUACACACUCAUGCACAGACACGCGCGCACACACACACACACACACACACACACACACACACACACACACACACACGAUCUGCUGUUGGAUUGGUCUGUCUUCUGAAGUACUGGCCAGGGGUUGGCUGCAGGGCUGCUGUACAGCAGGUGCAUCCUCCUGCUCCUUCUCCUGUCAGAGAACCAGCCGUAUGCUGCUGCUGCAGCUGUGAACAGAGAGCUCUAUCCGAAGAACACAAUGUGCAGGAAUGUAAUUAAUCUUUGAUUCUAAAGGAUGCUUCCCUUAAUACUGGAAACCUAUGUCUGUGGCUCCAAACAAAAGACAUGGAAGAUUGCAGGAAAACAAAAAGGAAAUUAAGGAUGCUUGGAAUGAUAACUCGAGGAAUGGAUUGUAUGAUUUAGCUGAUUCAGCAGCUGUCUGAUGGGUGUACUUGAGAAGAUUUCUGUAUUUGUAAUGGAGAGCUAUAAUAUUCUAUUGUUGCUGUACUGAUUUAUUCCUGGCACACCAACUGAUUAUCUGACAUUUUCCUGUUACUGUAUUCAGUGCUACAACCCUUACUUAAAUGGUCCUGAUGCCUUUUCAGGGGUGAAAGGUAAUUAGAAUGAGUGAAGGAAUUGCUUCCACUUCACCACCUGUGUGCCCAGCAGCAGCUGACGAGGCUACAGGUGGGACCUCCACAGACGAACAGGACGGGGCUUCCAAUUCUAGGGAGGUUCGAUGUAGUGGCUGUAUUGUCUGGAACCGUCAGCAAACAUGGCUUUGUGUUGUGCCCCUUUUAAUUGGUUUCAUUGGCUUAGGACUAAGUCUGAUGCUACUAAAGUGGAUAGUCGUAGGAUCUGUAAAGGAUUAUGUUCCGACUGAUUUAGUGGAUGCCAAGGGAAUUGGGCAAGACCCCAUAUUUCUAUCAAAACCUAGUUCAUACCCCAAAAAUCCUGAAUCCACAACUACCAUUACAUCAAGGACACCCAACCGAAUAAGUACUAGGAUUACCACAACCACCCAAUCACCGAAAAGUAUAUCUACAGCAAGAGAGACGACCCUUCUGAGUUCAAGGGCUCCAACCUCACACCGUAUCAAAUCACCACUUACCCCUUUUACAACCACUGGUCUUGUUACUCACCCUCUGCCUGGCACCCCUACACCCCACUCAAUGCCCCUUUGGCCUACUGCAACUUAUGCUACCUCUUCCAAUAAAGUUUAUCUCCAUGACUCCACUCCAUCCUGGACAAUCCCACAUUUUCAGGAAUCUACAACAACCCAAGACAUCAUGUCUACCACUCCAAAAUUCUGGUCGCAGGGAGCCGGAGUCUAUCCCGGCAGUCAUUGGGCAGAAGGAAGAGAAACUAAUCCUAGAAAGGACACCAGCCUAAAGCACAUAUCUCUGUCUGACCCCUCUUUUCACUAUCAAGCUAGCACGACAUAUUCAACAGAACAUUCUGAACACUUCAAACCCUGCAGAGAUAAAGACCUGGCCUACUGUUUGAAUGAUGGUGAAUGCUUUGUCAUUGAGACACUCACAGGAUCACACAAGCAUUGUCGGUAA